AUGUCCAUCUUUCAGCCGACGGAUAACAAACUCGCGAUGAAACUUUUCGGCAGCAAAAAGGCGCUGAUGAAUGAGAAGAUGCGCCAGAAAGCCGCCGGACAAUGGAUCAUUCAUCCGUUAAGCAAUUUUAGGUUUUACUGGGAUUUGUUCAUGCUGGUACUGCUUGUCGCCAACCUCAUCAUACUGCCGGUGGCCAUAUCUUUUUUCAACGACGACCUGAGCGUACAUUGGAUUGUCUUCAACUGCUUAUCCGACACAGUCUUUCUUCUCGACAUCGUAGUCAACUUUCGCACAGGCAUAAUCGCGCAGGAUAAUGCCGAGCAAAUCAUCCUCAAUCCACGGGAAAUCGCCAGGCGAUACCUGCGCAGCUGGUUUUGCUUAGAUCUCGUCAGCUCAAUUCCUAUGGACUACAUAUUUCUAAUCUUCAAUAGCACGGAAGGAAAUAAACGCAAUGUGGACGAAAACUUUCAGAUCUUGCACGCCGGCCGAGCGCUGCGAAUUCUACGACUAGCGAAGUUACUCAGUCUGCUGCGGCUGCUGCGGCUAUCGCGUCUGGUGCGUUACGUCAGCCAGUGGGAGGAGUUCUUGAACAUGGCUAAUAUAUUCGUGCGGAUCUUCAACCUGAUCAGUAUGAUGCUCUUGAUCGGACACUGGAGCGGUUGCUUGCAGUUUCUUGUGCCAAUGCUGCAAAACUUUCCGCCCAACUGCUGGGUCUCGAUCAACGAACUAGAGCACGCCAACUGGGCUGAGCAGUACACGUGGGCGCUUUUUAAGGCCAUGUCGCACAUGCUCUGUAUCGGUUACGGCCGCUUCCCGCCGCAGAACAUGACAGACGUGUGGUUGACGAUGCUCAGCAUGGUCUCAGGUGCGACGUGCUACGCUAUGUUCCUCGGGCACGCGACGACGCUCAUCCACUCGCUAGACUCGUCCCGCCGCCAGUACCGGGAAAAGAUUCAACAAGUCGACGAGUACAUGGUCUACCGGAAGUUGCCGAGAGACAUGCGCCUGCGCAUUCACGACUUUUUCGAGCACCGCUUCCAGGGCAAGUUCUUCGACGAGGAUGCUAUUCUUGGAGAACUAUCCGAGAAACUGCGAGAGGAAGUAAUCAACUACAACUGCAGGGCGCUCGUAGCUUCGGUGCCGUUCUUCGCAAACGCCGACGCCAACUUCGUCUCAGCUGUCGUGACGAAGCUCAUCUACGAGGUCUACCAGCCGGGUGACAUCAUCAUCAAGGAGGGUACGAUCGGCACGAAGAUGUACUUCAUACAGGAGGGCAUCGUUGACAUCAUCACGACCGAUGGAGAGGUGGCCACGAGUCUGUCUGACGGAUCCUACUUCGGAGAGAUCUGUCUGUUGACGAACGCGCGUCGCGUUGCCAGCGUGCGCUCCGUCACCUACUGCAACCUGUUCUCGCUGUCCGUCGAACACUUUAACGCCGUGCUCGACCAGUACCCUCUGAUGCGCAGAACAAUGGAGAGCAUCGCAGCUGAGCGACUGACGAAGAUCGGCAAAAACCCGAGCAUCGUCAGCAAUCGAGAAGACCUGGCGGCGGACGUGUCCACGAUACAGGAGGUCGUGUACCGCUCGUGUCGCAAAUCGCCCUGCAAUUCGAGCUCGUCGAGUGAAGAGGACCUGCUACAUCACUCGCCGACGCACAAGCGCAAAUUCGAACUGAAAUUUCCGACGUCGAAGAUCGAAUUUCGGCUGCCGUCGCCGCGAUCGGCGCGCCACCCGAAGACGCCGAAGAUCGAGAUUCAGGGUCCGGAUGGCUCUGACCUCACCGAGCAAGAGCAUCUGACCAGCAGCGCGCACAAGUCGGACACGCCGCUUGUGACCCGGCGUGGACCGCAGGCGUUACGCCGCUCGCCGCAUCCCACACGCAAAGAUUCGGAAACGUAG